UCCCCUCCAUACUUAUUCUUUAUGGUCCUAAGAAGACCGACUGGAUGCCUGUGAUAUCUUCUUGCUUUUCCUCUGGGAGAACAUUUCGCAGCUUUCUGUAAACUGAGUAAUUACAGCGCUCGACAAAAAGACUACAAGUCCCAGCGUGCAGUGCGAAUCGAUCAUUUUGGAGCAUUGUGCGUUUGUUCAAAACAGGAACCAAAAAGGAGAAGAAGGUGGUAGUGGUACGGUGGCUGUGAAGGGAAAAGUAGGCGUGGUGAUGUAUGGUAGCCGGGUAGGGCAGCAGAGGCAGGAUGGAGUCGGUGGUGUUCAUAUUUUCGUUAAUUGACUGCUGUGCACUGAUUUUUCUUUCCGUUUAUUUCAUAAUUACACUAUCAGAUUUGGAAUGUGACUACAUUAAUGCAAGAUCUUGCUGCUCAAAAUUAAAUAAAUGGGUGAUCCCUGAAUUGAUUGGCCAUACCAUUGUCACGGUAUUAAUGCUUAUUUCACUGCACUGGUUCAUCUUCCUUCUCAAUUUACCUGUAGCAACCUGGAAUAUAUAUAGGUACAUUAUGGUUCCCAGUGGAAACAUGGGGGUAUUUGACCCCACAGAGAUUCAUAAUCGAGGACAGCUGAAAUCUCAUAUGAAGGAGGCCAUGGUUAAGCUUGGCUUUCAUCUCCUUUGUUUCUUCAUGUAUCUUUACAGUAUGAUCCUGGCCUUGAUAAAUGACUGAAGUCAAAAUGGAGAUAUGGUUGCCAAAUCUUCGGUUGUCACUCCAUUGAAACAUUGUGGAACCAGGUGCAGCUUUCAAGUAAACCUUGAUCUGUGUUGUCAUGCAGUAUAUUUUUUCCUCUUUGAACAAAAAUAUUUUUGCUGUAUUUUUUAACAUAAAAUAUUAAAAAAAACAUGAUACUGUUUUUGGAUCCAUUGA